GACGAGGAGAAGAACCCGACUUAUAGAGAGUCUGUCAAAUGCAAAGUCUUCCUAGGCUUCACGUCAAACCUCAUUUCAUCUGGUGUUAGAGACGUAUCUAGUUCAACAUCAUAUGAACGAUAUUCCCGUCUUUUGCCCUGGCUUGACAGAUGGGUCUCUUGGUGACAUGUUAUAUUUCCAUUCCUUUCGCAAUCCCGGUCUUGUUGUCGACAUAGUACAAGAUAUCAGGGCGAUGAACGGUGAAGCUGUGCAUGCAAACCCUAGGAAGACAGGGAUGAUAAUUCUAGGAGGGGGGUUGCCAAAACAUCACAUAUGCAAUGCAAAUAUGAUGCGUAAUGGUGCUGAUUAUGCAGUCUUCAUCAAUUACACUGCCCAAGAAUUUGAUGGUAGUGAUUCCGGUGCUCGUCCUGAUGAAGCUGUCUCAUGGGGCAAAAUACGUGCUUCCGCUAAAUCUGUUAAGGUAAAUACACAGGUUUUUUCAUUGAUUGAUGUCUUCUUGUAAAUAGCAUUGUUUUUGGCUCUUAUCUGAUGAUAUAUUUUAGUUGAUGAUCUUCAACCAAAUGUUUCUUAUUAAUCAUGUUUUAUACAAUCUGUUCUUUUACAAUGUCAUACAAUGGUGUGGGGUUUGUAAGUUGUUUUAGUGCAGCAGGUCAUAGCAUUUUUAAUUGUUGCAAAUUCAAGCGGAUACGCAAUGGCUCAAAAAUAGAAAGUUAAAGAUUAUAUGAACAAACUAUUUAGUCUCGGACAUGACCGGCUCAAUCCAUUAGAAACGGUUUUCAGUUGGAAUUAGUUUGAACUUGUUUUUCUUUAUGAUUCUUCACUCGUUGAUUAAGUUCAAUAAGAAAUCGUCAGUAAUAUUUCUCGGA